CCCUAACCCCAUGGUGGUAACGUGGUAACUAGAGAGCUAACACUGAAACAAAACAAUGAACUUCAGGUUCCAGAACCUUCUCGGAGCUCCCUACAGAGGUGGCAACGCCGUCAUCUCCAACAACACCCUGCUACUCUCACCCGUCGGUAACCGAGUCGCCAUCACCGACCUCCUCAAGUCUCAAACCACAACCCUCCCAAUCCAAUCCUCCUCCAACGUCUCCCGCAUCGCCGUCUCACCUGACGGCACCUUCCUCCUCACCGUCGAUGACCGCAACCGCUGCCUCUUCGUCAACAUUCGCCGCCGCGUCGUCCUCCACCGUAUCUCCUUCAAGCACCACGUCGGCGCCGUGAAAUUCAGCCCUGACGGCGCUCUCAUCGCCGUCGCCGCUGGAAAACUCGUCCAGAUCUGGCGCUCCCCGGGGUUCCGCCGGGAAUUCUUCCCGUUCGAGCUGGUUCGGACUUUCGCCGACUUCCACAGCAAAAUCAGCUCAUUCGAUUGGAGCCCUGACUCGACCUACUUGAUCGUCGGGUCCAAGGACUUAACCGCGAGAAUUUUGUGCUUGAAGAAACUGAGUUGUGGUGGUGUUAAGUAUAAGCCGUUCUUGUUUUUAGGUCAUAGGGAUUCGGUUAUAGGUUCCUUCUUUGGUGUGGAUUCGAAAACUAAUAGGGUUUGUAAGGCUUAUACAGUUACUAAGGAUUGUUAUUUGUUUAGCUGGGGUUUCACAAGCGACAAUGAUAAUGCGGGGAUGCAGGUGGAAGACGAGGGAUCGGAACCGCCUUCUCCGGGGACGCCGGAUAGAGAUGCGGAAGGGAAUUUCGAGAGUGAUGGUAAUGGUAAUGUUAAGAAGAGAAAGGAAUGUGAUAUUGAGGAUGAUGGAGGGUACUUGUUGAGAGGGAAGUGGGAAUUGUUGAGGAAGGAUGGUUUUAUGCAGGCACCGGCAAGGGUGACGGCAUGCGAUUAUCAUAGAGGGCUGGACAUGGUGGUUGUUGGCUUCUCGAAUGGUGUUUUCGGGUUGUAUCAGAUGCCUGAUUUCGUGUGCAUUCACUUGUUGUCUAUAUCAAGGGAGAAGAUUACUACUGCUAUGUUUAAUGAGCUUGGGAACUGGUUGACCUUUGGCUGUGCCAAAUUAGGCCAGCUGCUAGUUUGGGAGUGGCGGUCCGAGAGCUAUAUUUUGAAGCAGCAGGGUCACUACUUUGAUGUCAAUUGUGUUGCAUAUUCGCCAGAUUCCCAACUCCUUGCUACUGGGGCAGAUGAUAAUAAAGUCAAGGUCUGGACUGUGUCCUCUGGCUUUUGCUUUGUAACCUUUUCUGAACACACUAAUGCCGUUACAGCUCUGCAUUUUGUGGCAAAUAACAAUUGCCUGCUUAGUGCAUCUCUUGAUGGGACCGUUCGUGCAUGGGAUUUAUUACGUUAUCGGAAUUUCAGGACGUUUACAACCCCUUCUUCAAGACAGUUUGUUUCUUUGGCAGCGGAUCAAAGUGGUGAAGUGAUAUGUGCUGGCACUUCAGAUUCCUUUGAGAUUUUUGUUUGGACAAUGAGAACGGGCCAUUUGUUGGAUGUUCUUAGUGGUCAUGAAGCUCCUGUUCAUGGGCUGAUGUUUUCUCCUACAAAUGCAAUCUUGGCUUCAUCGUCAUGGGACAAAACUGUUCGGUUGUGGGAUGUAUUUGAUGGAAAAGGCGCAGUUGAAACAUUUUCUCAUACGCAUGAUGUUUGCACAUUAGUUUAUCGUCCAGAUGGAAGGCAGUUAGCUUGCAGCACAUUAGAUGGGCAAAUACAUUUUUGGGAUCCAAUAGAUGGUUUGCUUAUGUACACCAUAGAAGGUUCUAGAGAUAUUGCUGGAGGGCGUCGUAUGACUGACCGUAGAUCAGCUGCUAACUCAAGUUCAGGGAAGUGCUUCACGACCUUAUGUUAUUCAGCUGAUGGAAGCUACAUAGUAGCUGGGGGCAAUAGCAGAUAUAUUUGCAUGUAUGAUGUUGCAGAUCAGGUAUUGCUGCGGCGAUUCCAGAUAACUCACAAUCUCUCAUUAGAUGGAGUACUUGACUUUUUAAACUCAAAGAAUAUGACAGAAGCUGGCCCACUAGAUUUGAUUGAUGAUGACAACAGUGACAUUGAAGAAGGUGUUGAAAAACAAACACGAGGGAAAAUAGGAUUAGAUUUACCAGGUUCCAUCCCUAACCGUGGAAGGCCUGUUAUUCAAACAAAAUGCCUGAGGAUUGCACCUACAGGGCGGAGUUUUGUAGCAGCAACAACUGAGGGAGUUUUAGUUUAUUCUGUUGAUGAAUCGUUCAUAUUCGAUCCAACCGACCUAGACAUAGAUGUUACACCAGAGGCUGUUGAUGGAGCUCUUAGUGAAAAUCAGACAAGUAGAGCUUUGAUCCUUAGCCUUCGCUUGAAUGAGGACUCUUUCAUCAAAAAAUGUAUUUUUGCUGUUAGUCCAGCAGAUAUUCCAGCAGUUGCCACAUCAAUUCCUUACAGAUAUAUCCAGCGAUUAAUUGAGGCACUUGCAGAUCUUCUAGAAAACUGCCCACAUUUGGAAUUCAUGCUAAUAUGGUGUCAGGAGCUCUGCAAAGCUCAUGGAAAUUCUAUUCAGCAGAACUCUAGAAAUCUGCUCCCAUCAUUAAAAUCUUUGCAGAAAGCAAUUACUACAAUACAUCAGGAUCUAGCUGAUACAUGCUCCUCCAAUGAAUACAUGUUGCGAUAUUUAUGCUCUUCUGCUGCCGAGAAAUGACUUUAACUAUUCAUGAGUUGGAUUUUUGCACCUUUGAAUGUACCUGCUGAGCGUUGUCCAACCUGAUUGUAUUAUUUCUGUAUGGUACCUGCUGAGAAUCAUUCAUAUGUAGCAACCUUUGAAGAAUCAACCAAUAUUUUGAUAUAGCAUAGCUGAUGGCACUCACCUUCUAGCAUCCUAAUGUUUCCAAAGGAAUUUAUCCUUGAAUGAAGUUCCAAUUUUUGAAACUGGAAGGUGUGGCAUGGCAUCCAUCAGGUUAGUUUCACGGCCCAAUUGCAGCUCGUGAGCUACAUAACUUUAUAGUUACGCUCUGCAGUGACAUUCUGUGUUAUACAGUUGUUGUUACAGACUGCAUAGGUUCAAGUUGCUGCUUGAUAUAUCCAUUGGUAUGUUUCGAAUCAAAUAUUUUAGGAAUUAUUUGAUGAAAAUGUUUAUAGCCAUAAUUUUGUCAAAUUUUUUGAUAAAAUUGACAGGCAUAUUUGUUGUUUUUUGGAUGA